AUGAGUAAUUUUUUAAAAUCUAUUCAACCAGCACUCAAUGAAAUAGUUUAUGAUAUAACUGGAGUAACUCUUUCUGAUAGAUUUAAUCCAUAUAAAAAAUUAUUUGAAGAUACAAUUAUACAUCGUUCAAAUAUAAAUGUUGAAAAAAGUAAAGUCGAAAAAAGUAUUCAAGGAUUAAAAGAAAAAUAUAUAAUUCAUGCACAAGAUAAAAAAGCUGAUCUAUUACAAUUUCUUAUUAAACGUUUUAAUAAUCGACCUUUAUUAGAUCAUUCACCUGAAAGUGAAUUUCAUCAAUCAUGUAUACAAUUUAUUAUAUCAUUAGCUCGAAAACCACUAGAAGUUGAUUUAGAUGAUUUUUCACAUCUUUUAUACGAACAAAUUGAGGAAGCGAACUUUAAUUGGCCAGCAUAUUUACUUGGUAAUGAUUAUCGAAAACCGACAGGUUCGAUCGACUGGCAUGGAGAUGAAAGUAUAAAUGAUGAUGAAUAUGAUGAUGAGAAAAUUGAUUCAACAUUUAAUCAAAAUGAUAGUAUUGCAGAAGUUAAUUUUGAUUCAAAACCGAUUGAUGAUAUUGAACAACAAAAUUAUUCAUUACUUAAUCGAGAUAUUAUUACAUCAUAUUGGCAUCGAACAUUAUCUGAUGAUGUUUCACCAUCUCUUAAUGAUUUUGCUCUUUUUUGGGAUCAAAAUAUGAUGAAAACGACUCAUUUAGCUUACAGAGUUAAUUCUCAAACAUUAACUGAAUAUAUUCUUAUUCGAGAAACUUUAUGGCUUUUAAUGAAUUCAUCACAAUUACAUAUAUAUACUAUUGAUGGAAAUAAUCAAGCACAUAUUGCAGAUUUUGUUCGUCUUUGUGAUGUUACACCAGUUAGUAUUCAAGAAUGUCUUGAAAAAUUUACUAGACUUUCGAAUCAAUUUCGAUUAGCAAAUGAAUUUUUAAAAAAAAUUAAUCAUUCAUGUCGAACAUUAUCAUCAUUUGCACAAGUUCUUCAAGAUCAAAUUAAUUUAAUUUAUUUACAACUUGCUGAUAUUGAAAAACGGUGUCUUAAACAAGAAUGUACAUAUACAAUUUUAUUAUUUUAUCAAGAAUUAGAAUCUCUUGGAAUAAUAUCUAAAGGAGAAUGUAUUGAACGUUUAUUUGAUCAAAUAUCAUUUUAUGAUAACAAAUUAAAUUGUGAUUUAACACUUGAACUUAUUCAUAUUUUAUAUAAAAAUCUUCUUAUGUCAGAAAUGAUUAAUAAUUCGAUAUUUUUUAAUUUUUUAUUACCACUUUUUAUAUCAAGUUGUCGAAUUUAUUUGGAAAUUAUUCAAAAUUGGCUUGCUAAUGGAAUUAUAAAUGAUCCAUUUGAUGAAUUUUUCAUCCAACGAAAAACUGAUGUGCCUGUUGAAUCGAUUGAUUUUUGGCAAUUAUCAUAUACUGAACAAGUAGAAAAUGCUUCAUUAAUACCAAAAUGGUUAGCCUCUAUAGUACCUUCAUUAGUAAAGGCAGGUAAAUGUGCGGAAAUACUUAAAUCAAAUGGUGUAUUAACAAAUCAAAAAGAAUCUCAAUCAUUUGUUGAAGAAUUCUCUAAAUGUCUUGAAGAAAAUCUUAGUUUAAAAAAAUUUACUUGGAAUUCUUUAAAUUCUUUACAUAAUUUCGAAACAAAUAAUAUUAUAAAACCAUCAUUAAAUCCAUUUAUCUCUCUUAAUUUAACAUUUGAUGAUAUCGAAAAUGAAAAAAAUUCAUUCUUAGUAUUAGCAUUUAAUCAAAUGCAAAUACCAAAAUCAAGUCUACUCGAAAUAAAUCGUAAUCAAUUAACUCGUUCAUCUGAUAUCAAUCAAUCAACAAAUAUUGAAAGUAUUCUUGAAAAAUUUAGUGAACAAAUAUUACUUAAUAAAUGUAAUCAAUUAAUCAAUCAAUUAACAGAUGAUAUUUUAAAUCGGUUAAAAUAUUUAACACACAUUGAAUAUAUUCGAAAUUUUUUUCUUUUUGAAAAUGGUUCAUUUAUGCAUCAAUUUGCUUUACGUCUAUAUUCAAAAUUAUCUCAUACAAUUCAUGAACGUUUAGAUGCAUUUACAGUACUUGUUUCAUUUGAUAGUACAUUAACAAUGUUUGGACUUGAAAAAAUGCAAUAUCCAUUAAGUGUCAUAUAUCAAUCAACAAAUGAACCAUCUACAACACAAAAAUAUAUUAUACAAAAUGUUCAAUUAAAAUAUGAUUUACCUAAAGAAUUAUUUAUUAUUAUUAAACCAGAUCAUAUGGAUAUUUAUCAGAAAUGUUUUGCAUUCGUUCUACAAGUUAAACAAGCAAAAUAUGUACUUGAUCAAUUAGUUUUUAGUGAAUUUCGUGUUAAAAAUCGUGUUCGUAACCGCCGAUUAUAUCGUCAUCAAUCUUAUCAAUUACACCAUGAAAUGUUUCUUCUACGUGCUCGUCUUCUUCAUGCUGUUAAUGCUGUUAAUAAUUUUGUUCUUACUACAUUUCAUACAGCUGGUGAACAAUUUCUUGAUAAACAUUCGAAUAAAUCAAUUGAUAUUGAAUCCAUGAUAAAUUUCCAUGAAAAAUUUCUUACAGCGCUAUCAAUCGGUAGUCUUUUACAACCUAAACAACAAGCAAUACGUGAUCAAUUAAUGAAAUUAUUUGAAAUUGUUACAAUAUUUGCACGUCGUUGGCAAUUAGGUUUUGAUUCAAUUAAAAUUGAACAUAUUAAUAAAUUACAAAGUGAAUUUAAUCAAACAAAACAAUUUAUUUCAAUUGUUCUUAAACCAUUUUUACCACGAAUGAUCGAUUCACCAUUACGUGCACUUGCAUGUGCUCUUCAAGAUGACUUCUAUUCUAAUGUUUAA